GAUCAGGGCACUGGCAGUUGGAGGCAUGACAGAGGUCAAGCCAAGAGGACCUCAAAGACAGAAGAUAUAAAAACAAGAGUUCAUCACCAGUGAGACUUUAAUCAUCUAGAAGAAAUAAGACUCAACAUGUCUUUCAUGGUCCAUAAUCAGAAGAGCAGCAAAAAGCAUUUUCAGGUGGAUCCUCUUCUAAUGCCCAAAGUUCCUCGAACCAAUUACAUGCACCUUCAGGAAGAGAAGCACAGGCUACAGCUAAAGAAAUUCCUCCUUCACAGGAUGUUUCUUGUGGGCCACUUACAAGCCAAUGUAGAGAAAAAGGAGAUUUCUGAAUACUAUGAAAAACUAUUUCAGACAAUUCUGAAGCAUCACCUAGGAGAAGCAGUUACAGGAUUACUGCUCAUAUACUCAAGUACCUUUCUGCACAUCCUUGAGACCUCCAAUGGCACACUUUUCCGAAUUCUUUUAGAUUAUGUUGCCCAUGAGAAGGAAGAAAAAGAAUUUAUGGUCCAAAACAUGAAAAUUAUAGUUACCUCUCAUAACAUCCCCACACGGCUCUUCAUGCAGUGGCAUGUCUCUGUCAUCAAAGUCCCUGUUUUGUAUUUAGAUGAUGUGACGCAGUCACAGUCUCUAGCAGAAGUCAUCACAGAUUUUCUCACCAUGACUCACAAACUGGCACUCCACCUUUUUAAGACCAUCAAAGUGGGUACGAAAGGGCCAGGUGACACCUUGCACCAAGCUGCCCCUGACCUCCUCCUCCCAGAACAAACUAUCCAGUAUUUAUGCAAAGCUGAAGAAUUCAUGGAUCCAGAAACAUUCUUAAACAUGUAUAACAGACCCAUACAUGUUACCCUGGAUUCUGAGACUGUGUGGCCAGCUCCUUCCCGUUUCUAGGAUGGGGAGAGAUAAUGUGUGCAUAUCUCCUCAAGGUUUUGUGCUAUUUUAAAAACAAAUAUCUAAUGUUACUCUUUUUUUGUAAAAAAAAAAAAAAAAAGGAAGAGAACACUGGAAUAACCACACAGUUAGAAUAGGGAAACAGCAUAUGUAGAACUAAACAUAAGAAUAUAUCUGCUUAUUCUGAUCUAAAGCUCAAUAAAUUUUUUUCUGGUAA